AUGACAUCGCCCUACCAUGCAGCGGCGCGAGAAAAGCGCGCCGCCGAACGUAUCUUGGACGAGAGAAACGCCAACUCUGGAGGCGUCCCGCGCGGCUCCUCUUCCAGCCGAGGACCUCAACAGCUUCCUCUCCACUCUGAUCCCAUCGGAACAGAAGGCCACGGCCAUGGCUCUCACCACCACCACCACCCACCGGCCCCAAAAUCGUGGUUCCCUGUUCGCGCAGGCGGCGAAAGUGGACGAACCGGCAUCCACCCGUGGCAUUUUUUCCGCAUCGUGUUCCGCUCGUCCUCGCUGGCGUCUCGCAUGGUCAACGUGCUAUGGCCCGUGGUGCCCGCUGCCAUCGCCCUCAGAUACGCCGCCCCUCAUCAAGAUCUGGCGAUAUUCAUAUUGGCGUAUAUUGCUAUGGUGCCUUGUGCGAACUUGGUUGGGUUUGCGGGACAGAAUUUGGCCAAGAAGGUGCCGCAUGUGUUUGGUGUGUUAGCCGAGACGACCUUCGGGUCGCUGGUCGAGAUUAUUCUGUUUAUAGUCCUGAUAAAACGGUAUAGCCCCACCUCAUCAGUGGACUACACCCAGGUUAUUAGGGCUGCGAUCCUAGGUUCAAUCCUUGCUACGAUGCUGCUCUGCCUGGGCUUCUGCUUCGUUGCUGCUGGUUUCAAGCGCGAGGAGACGCACUUUAGCGAAAUUGUCAGUGAAGCCGGUAGCGGCUUGUUGCUCACUGCUGGAUUCGGCCUAGCCGUUCCUACAGCCUUCUAUAACGCCCUUCAUGGCCGCUUAGACACAAGAGAACUCGAACGCAAAACGCUCGAAAUUUCGCGUAGCACCGCUGUCUUGCUCAUCAUCGCCUAUCUCGUGUACGUCUUCUUCCAGAUGCGCACCCACCACGGUAUCUACGACGCUAUCUUCGAGGCCGACGCCGAGCGUGAUGACGACAAGCAUAAAGAGCUUCAGAGUCAUCGCCUCACUCUAAUCGAGUCCAUCAUCGCCUUGGCCGUGGGCGUCGCCCUUGUUACGAUCAUUGCCAUCAUGCUCGUCGACAGAAUCCACUUUCUAGUUGAGGAACGCGGUGUCUCCGAUGCCUUUCUCGGGUUGAUCAUGAUUCCACUCGUCGAAAAGGCCGCAGAGCACUUGACGGCCGUAGACGAAGCGUACGACAACCAGAUGAAUAUCGCCCUAUCGACGGUACUGGGCUCAACGCUACAGACGGCCCUUUUCAACGGCCCUCUCGUGGUGAUUGUCGGCUGGGGAAUGAACAAGCCCAUGGGGUUCAACUUUGAGCUGUUCGACCUAGCUAUGCUGAUCCUCGCCAUUUUGACAGUCGGAAACUUCUUGAGGGACCAGAAGACUAACUACCUGGAGGGUAUGUUGUGCGUGAUCGUGUAUGUGGCCAUCGGCGUGGCAGCAGCUCACUACCCGAACCCUCAGGAGCUCCAUGAGGCAUUCCCGACGACGGGCACGUCUCCAGCUCCAGCGACGAGUGGGUCGGAGGGUGGUCAUCAUUAA